UCACACUAGUCAAGCGGGGGUUGAAAGGGGUAGGCUAAUUAGCUGAUGAUUAGUGCUUUACUGUGUGACUAAAGUUGCUUCUGUUUUCUUUUUUUGGAGAUUUACUGGUAAUAGUUGUGUAUAAUGAUGGUCGAGAUGUUUUUGACAUGUGAGGGGAAAAAAAGUUAAACGUUUAUGGCUAAAAAGACUCUGUAUACCGUAAUGUUAGAAUCUUUAUAUGACCUUUCAGCUUUGAGAAUUUGGGCCUGUGUUUUAUGUUUGUUAUCACAACUGCAGUUAAAAGAGACUUCAGAGCGAAUUUUAGCAGUUGAUCGAGCAGCAGCUAUGAUUGAGGAGAUGAUGAAACAGAAAACAAACUCACAGGUCGGGUUGGUAGGUUCUCAGACGGUCAAGAUGCUGAACACAUGCGUUUAUUUGGGUUUUGAAGCUGACCCAUCAUCUAAUGUUGCUGCUCGUAUUCGUGGGCCCAACGAUCAGUAUAUAAAUCACAUUAUGAAUGAAACAGGAGCAACCGUCGUACUAAGAGGGCGUGGUUCUGGGAGCCUUGAGAACCAACAUGGUGAAGAAGCACAUCAACCAUUGCAUCUAUUAUUGUCUAGUAGCAACCCGAAGAGCAUUGACGAUGCAAAACGUUUAGCUGAGAAUCUUAUGGAUACAAUCAGCGUAGAAUUCGGGGCUUCAAGGAUUUCCUCAAGCAAGGUGUAUGGUGCUGUACCACCACCACAGCAACUGCUUGCUGGAGCUCCGAGUUCUGAAACCGCGCAAAAGCCAAAUUUGAGUUCAUCAUAUGGUUUGAUGACACCGCCAAAUGCUGUUAAUCCAUUUCCAGUUCCUCCAGCAACAACAACUCUGUAUCCUCAGUUUCCAGUGUUGCAGCACCCUCCAGGCAUCUCAAAUGGUGGGCACUUGCGACCAAGUCCAGUCAGUUACUUACAACCUGCGGCUGGUGGAACUAGCUAUAGUGGGUAUGCCAGAAUAUACCCUCAAGCCACUCCACUGCAACAAGUUGCUCAAGUCCUUAAGCUAUCUGUUUCUCCUGUUGUCUCCACCGUGUCUCCUACUUUGUUGAUAGCUGCGUCCUUAUCAAAGCCAAGUGAUAUUUCAAGUAUGGAAAAGGAAAGGCGUCCUCCCCAAAAGCGAAAGUUUCAGGAGCUACCGGCUGAGUGUAAAGUCCCAGCAAAAUCCAAAGAGGGUAUUCUUAGUAUUGGAGGCACCAUGUGUUUGCAGUCAUUCUUGCUUCAGUUUGGCGAUCAGAAUCAGAACCUAAGGCAGUCUUUGAAACCAGCUACAUCAAGUCAGAGUCAGCAAUGGCAGGUGAAGUUGCUACAAAGAAUAUAGUGCGGUCACUGCCUU